AUGCACCGAGAUUCGGUCGGAGAUCACCCUGAGAUCAAGGUGUUGAUCUUGGGCUCUUCGGAGAGCGGCAAAUCAACCCUGUUGAAGGCGAUGAAACUGUGCCAGAAAGGAGUCUUUAGCCGCAAUGAAGCCAAGUCCUUCGCCAAGAUAGCCUGGAGCAACACCGUGCAAAGCACCCGCGCCGUUUUGGAAGCCAUGAAGAAACUGGAGAUCCCAUUGCAGAACCUCGCGAAUAUCCGGCACGCGCACGUCAUCUUCACGCAACCGGCACAGAUCGAGGGCAGUUUCCCCCCGGAGCUAGAGCUUGCAGUUACAGAGUUAUGGGCUGAUCCUGGAUUCCAAAAAGCCUAUCGUCGGCGGAGUGAAUAUCAGGUGCUAGAGACUCUGCCUUAUUUUGCAAGCCAUGUGAAGCGACUGGCUGCUCCCGGAUACAUCCCCAGCCAGGAAGACAUUCUCCGAACCAGCGUGAAGACCACGGGUAUCACAGAAACCUAUUACGAGGUCCGGAGAAAUGAUGGGGCCGGUGCUUACUUCCGUGUUAUCGACGUCGGCGGAGCGAGAAGCGAACGGACGAAGUGGUUCCACGUCGGCUACACGGUUGACACCAUCGUUUUCACAGUCGACGCUUCGGCAUACUGUCGGUUGUUAUACGAGGACGAAACAGUCAACCGGAUGGCAGAGCAGCUCGCGAUGUGGGAGUCCAUCACCAAAAGCAGCUGGUCUUACUUCGCCAGCUUUCUCCUUAUUUUCACCAAGAUCGACUGCCUUCCCGAGCAGUUCGAGGCGUACCCGGUCGCCGACUUUCUUCCUGACUUCAAACAGCCCGAGUCGGGUAGCACGGCGGAGCAUGUGGCCCGAUACCUGGCGUACCUCGAAGAUCGGUUUCUUGGUGUUCCAACACGCCAUUGCCGCCGCCGGUCUUUAUUGGAUGCAGACACCGGAAGACAGUGA